AUGGAUGCCGAAGCUUCAACAUCUCCACUUGAGCUUGAGCGUUCCAUAUCACAAGCGUCUGUCCACUCGACCAAAUCGCAGAGAUCGGCGACGGUGCGCGCAACCAGCAGGAGAAGAGGGAAGCUGACAUCACAACCUUCCAGCUCUGCGGCCUCGAUCGCCGAAUCUGACAAAUCCCUCGUCUCGUUCCCGAGCUUCUCUCCCGUGUCUCCGCGCGACGAAGGGCCAAGCACCCCGUCCUCGCCGUCGCCCGCCCCAGUUGGGGACGGCGCUGACGAGUCCACUCCGAGCGCUGCCACGUCGUACAUCCAGCCGCCGACACCGCAGGAAGAUGCCCCCACGCGCCCUGCGGCCAUCGUCGAGACGCUCCUGACCGCAGACAAGCCCCUACUCUCCUCGACCCGACCGCGCACCGCCCUCUUCGAGGAUGACGCACCCGUGUUUCAGCAGAACCUGCCUGGUGCGCUGCAUGUGGCAGACGAUGCGCACAUCAAGCGGCUCAUCGAGCGGCAUGGCGCCCUGGGGCUGGUGCGUUCCAUAGCGGAGGACCUGGCCGCGCGCGACGCGCAGAUCACCGCGUUACGACGGCGGUCCGAUGAACGCGAGAGGGCUCUGCGAAAGAUCAUACUAGAAUGCGGGCUGUCCAACAUGGACCUCGAGACGAGGCUGAAGGCCAUCGAGCGCGAAGCCAGGAGCUCGGGAGCCAGGAAGGGCGGUGUGGAGGAGCUAGUCGAAGACGCAAUGGCUGAAGACUUUGUGCACAGCUCAGGGCUGUUCGUGGAAGAGAACGGGGCCACUAUUCGGGCUAGGAAUACGUCGAAUGUGUCAGACGCCGACAAUAAGGCCACAUCAAAGGGCUGGAAGGAGUACCUCUGGGGCAUGAACAAGAACACGAGCAGCAGAGCAAGUAGUGUCAACGGUGACAAUGGGAAACAGACAGUCAUCAAGGCACCAGCGCCCGACCGGAGGCCAACUAUACAAGAAGACUUGUUCAGUCCGCCGGAGCAGGCGUCAGUCAGGAGCUCGAGCCGGGCUUCCAGCAUCCACUCUGUGAGUGCCAAUAGGAAGACGUCGUUGGCGAGUUCUGUGCUGCGGAUGGUUGCUGGCGGCGGGGCUUCUACGGGACGAGACCCUGAGUCCAGAGGACGAGCCAACAGUUCCAAUGCAGGAGGGUCACUAAGGACGCCAUCCGCCUCGAGCGCCAGGACGAAUGCCUCUGCUAGAGCUGUAUCCAACCAGGGAGGCCCUAAAGGGGCUUUGGCAGCCAUGCGCCGCACGGCUACGCAACAUAACAUACAGACCGUGUCUUCGGCACGGAGCCAGCCGCAAGAAAGAUGGGACACGAUGGCUUCAGAUCCAUCAGGUGAACUAGCUGCACGUCCAGAGUCAUACGGGCCUGUGGAGAUGGACAGCAUUCUGCCACCUGAGGAACAGCCGCCGACUCUCACGAGACUUUACAACAACUACGCCGGCUCGGAGUACUUGACUGACCGGUUCGGGUUUAUUUACGAUCAGAGACGGAAAAAGAGGCAACGCGAGGCUCAGCAGGUGGCCAGGCAAUUCAAGAGAGGCAGUCGUACUGAAAUGCUCACCAACGGCAGGGCGAACAUAUCGCCCGUAUCCGCGGAAGACGGUGGCAGCGUCAAGUGGGAUGCUUGGAGCGACGAUCGACCGAGCACGCCGUCUUCGGCAGAGGAGGCUCGGGAUGAGAGCAGACCUAAGAGGUGGCAGGAUUAUCUGAAGAUCGCGACAUUCCCCACGGAGCUGCUGUCACACACGCCGUCCAUUAGUGCGCCCACGAUUGAGGUUUUGGAGGGUGCUGAAUUACCGCCGCCUCGGUCUCCUGGCUUAAUCGCCGCUGAGGACGACCGCGGAUUCAUACCACCCGCGAUCACCGCCACGGCAGCUGUGAGUGAGGAGCCGGCUACCGUGGUGGAAGAGCCAGCGUCAGGCACCCUUGUCAAGGAGGAUGCCGAGCCGGUCAGAAUCUUACUCCAGCAGCUAAGCGAAGUACACGAUGGCCUGCAGCGGGAGAAGACGAUCAGGUGGAAUGACUUCCUGCGCAAGGUCAGAGCGGAGAGGCGCCGGGAAGGCGAAGCUGCUAAUGCAUCAGCCGCAGAAGCUGCCGCGGCACGUUUUCAGAAGGCCACGGCCAUGAUGCCGGAGGCCCGAGUCGCCGAUGGCGAGCUGAUUGGCGUUGCCAACUGGGCGAACAAGGGCAAGGUCGGCCGGGCGAAGUGGAAUGAAUUCAACCGCCUUGUUCUUGGUGGUAUACCAGUCUUGAUAAGAUCCAAGAUCUGGGCCGAGUGCUCGGGCGCGCUUAACAUGCGCAUCCCGGGCUACUACGACGACCUGGUCAACCGCGCUGAGUUGGACGACAAUCCGGAAGUGGCACAGCAGAUCCGCGCUGACAUAAACCGAACCCUGACUGACAAUAUCUUCUUCCGGAAGGGACCGGGUGUGCAGAAGCUGAACGAGGUGCUGCUGGCAUACUCUCGCCGCAAUCCAGAGGUUGGUUACUGCCAGGGCAUGAACCUGAUCACCGCCAACCUCCUUCUUAUCAUGCCCUCGGCCGAAGAGGCCUUCUGGAUCCUGGUCUGCAUCAUCGAGAAGAUCCUCCCCUCGGGUUAUUACGACCACAGCCUGCUGGCCUCCCGCGCUGAUCAACAAGUUCUACGUGGCUACGUGGCAGAGGUCCUGCCGCGGCUCUCGGCACACUUUGACGAGCUAGGCAUCGCCCUCGAGACGAUGACGUUCCAGUGGUUCCUCUCCGUCUUCACCGAUUGCCUGUCGGCCGAGGCGCUCUUCCGAGUCUGGGACGUGGUGUUGUGCUUUGGCGACGGCAGCACGUUCCUGUUCCAGGUCGCGCUGGCCCUGCUCAAGCUCAACGAGCAGCAGCUCCUCGGUUGCGAUAGCCCCGCGGCUGUGUAUACGUACAUCAACCACCAGAUGACGAACCAUGCCAUCAGCAUCGAUGGUCUGCUCCAGGCCAGCGAGGGCCUGAGGAGGGUAGUCAAGCGCGAGGACGUCGACGGGCGGAGGGAGAAGGCUAUCGAGGCGGAGCAGGAGCUGGUGCGACAGCGGGAGGAGAGGCUGAGGGCUUAUAAAGAGAGGAAGGCCGCGGCUGCCUCGGCGUCGGCUGUGGUGGACAAGGCUGUGGAGGCCCAGCCCGCCGCGCCGGAAAGCGAGGAGACGGCCACGAGCGAGACGGUGACCGCUGACAACUCGGCUCAGGAUCCCGCCGUUCAGGAGCCGGCGCCGAUCGAGGAAGAAGCCGGCUAA